GCCUCGAGUUGUUAAAGAAAGCGUCUCCGCUGUUUGUUUGUCUCCUCUCACAGUUUCCUGCUCGGUUGAAUUCACCCUCAGCGGUGUCCAACCUGCACAAGCGCCACGAGAACAACUCUCUGUACCCGACGAGCUCUGCGGACACGUUCCAACAUGGAGUUUGUCAUGUUUAAACGUUAGUAGUAGUUCUCGUUGCUAAGUCAAGCUAAAAUGGCCAGGUUAGCUAGUUUAGCUAGCAGCAGCGCUUUGUAAUGUAAACACAUGUGUGUGGCUGGCAGUUAAUUCACAGUAGCUUCCCUGAAGGAAUAAGCAGCUCCACAGAAGAAGCAGCGGCCGCAGUUUGACUGAAAGGCUGUGCAUCAUGUCUAUCGACUUUGACAGUGCUGCUCUUCAGACCCAGCAUGAGGAGGAGGAGUACGACCAGGAGGACUAUGCCAGAGAGCAGGAGCUGCACAAACUGCUCACAGACCUGCCUGAUGACAUGCUGGAGGAUAGCAGAGACUCCACCCCAGAGCUUGAGUACUCUACUACCUGCAGCAAUAGAAACACCAGGAACAGCCCACAGUCAACAUGGACUCAGCAAUGGUCAAAUCCUCCCAAGCCAAUCUCUCAUGAGCAGAACUAUGACGGUGACUAUGAUCUGGGCUCUCAUGACGAGUACACUUACGAGGACGUUGCUGAUCAGAUUAAUGGACAGCAGAGGCCACCUCUGCCUCCCACCUGGAACCAGCAGUCAGGGGAUCACCAGUUCACCCAAGGAGAUUAUACGUACACGAGCACGGGCACAGAUAAAUCUAUAGAGACCAAUGACUUCUCCACAGAGUAUGAGUCUAAACCAUAUUCUCAAGAAUUGAAUAACCACGUGGAAUGUAACGGAGACGAAGGAUACAGGGACGUGCAAAACCAUGGGGACCAAAAUGCCAGAAACCAAUUUCAGCCUGGAGCUGGAGACAAUGUUGCUAAUCAGUACAAGGCCAGUUACAAUCCUCACCAUCCUGCCCACCAGCCAAAGAUGUUUAACCCACAGGUCGCUCGCCAAGGCGCUCAGUUAGACCUUCUGCAGAGAGAAUUCCUCGACUCGACACAACAAACUUCUGACCGGGAGCAACUUGCUCAGCUGCAGAUUUUAAACAAAGCUCAGCAGAGACAAAUUGACGACUUGGAGCAAAAACUGGAAGAUUCAAGGCGUAAUAUGAGAUACAUCGAGCAUCAGUUUGCAAUUGUCAAAGAUGAAAGGGAUGGCUUUGCAAUAAGUCUCAAGGAAUCAAGUCGAUUGGUUGAAGAGGUAAAGGAGCAAGAGGUGCAGAUGAAAAAUAAAGUGAAGGCUAUGGAGCAGCAAAUACAGGUCCUUACUGAGAGAGACCAUGAGAACCUGAGGAAGCAGAGGGUGGCGGACGCUGCAGUGGACACUAUGAAGCAGCAGAUGUUGGAGCUUUGUCGUUCCGACACCCUGUCCAGAGUGCGAGAGCAGCACGACCGGGACCUCACCAUCAUCAGAGAGCAGCAUGACCUUGCACUCUUAACCCUGAAGCAGAAAAUCGACUCUUCCUCUCAGGCUCUGCAUGAACAGACCGAUUUCAGUCAGAGGUUACGAGAGCAGGUGAAGCAGCUGGAGUGCAAGAGAGAGGAGGAGCAACUUGAGAGGGCGAGAGUCAUCAACGGCCUCACUCAGCGACUGGAGGAGAGUCAGCAUCAAUGUGCUAAGCUACUGCAGACAACCUCAGUGCAGGAGAUGAGUCAGGUGCAAAUUAAACUUCAACAGACUCAAUCAGCCAAGGCUUUGACUGAAAACAUGAACAAAGCUUUGCAGGAGGACCUGGCCGAUUUGAAGGAGCAGAUCACUAUGUAUGAAUCUGCUGUGAAACAUGGCGUUAUUGGGUUAGAUCUGAACAGUGACUGGGAUCAUCAGCUCUCUGAUUCCUGUGUGGAUUUAGGAUUAAAGAAAAUGAGCAGGAAAAAUGGCAUCCUCCAAAGCCCGACAUUGGCUCAUAUGUCAGACUCCAAGCUGCCCAAGGAUGAGGCUUCGCGGCUGCUGCGUAUGGAGAUGCAGCGCUGUCUGAGUAGUCUGAAAGGGAAGCGGCAGAAAAUCUCUCAGCUGCAGGAGGAGCUUCAGCACUGUCAGAGCCAAGUAAAAGAACUCAGCAGUCAGUUAGAAGAAGCCAAGCUGAGCUCUUCGGUCAGAGAGAAAAGUCAGAUGAAACAUCUCGACAUGACUGGAGAGUCUCACAAAGAGUUGGUGAAACUAGAGGAAGAUAAGAAACACUUGCAGGAACAAGUGCAGGUGCUAGAGAAAAAGAAUCAAGAGCUGAAACAGAGUGAGGAGAAGGUGAGGUCUGCCAACGCGGAGCUGUGCUCUAAGAUGAGGGAGAUGAUCAAGGAGCUGGACCAAGAAAAGCAGGAGGCUGCUCAGAGAUCUGAACGGGUUCAUCAGCAGUACAGGGAUGACGUAGUGAACAGGAUCCAAACUGAGCUCAUGCUGGAACAUGAUGUUCAGGUUGAACAGCUGACUGCACAGCACCUGCAGCAGAUCCAAGAGUUACAGACCCAGCUAUCUGAGGCCAAUGAUAAGAUGUUGGCUGUACAAGAAUGUUAUAUAUCUGUCUGCAAAGAGAAAGACAUGGUCGAAGAAGGAAUACACAACAGGGAGAAUGAGGACGCUUUGAUCAGAAAUAUCGAGCUAAAAAUGAGAGAGGAGAGUGUUACAGCACUGGAGAAGCUUAGGUUGGAGCUGGAUGCUCAGCAUCAGGCCUCAGUAAAUCAACUGAAAGCUCUCUGGGCCAAACAGAAGGAGGCUGAGAUCCAGCAGCAGUUGAACUCUCAUGUAGCCUCAGCCAAGGCUGCGUGUAGAGAGGAAAUGGAAAAAAUGGAUGAGGAAAAGAGGGAGAAGCACAGAGACACCGCUGAUGUAACCUGUCAGACAGAGGAGGUCGAGGGCAUCAGUGAGACGACUACUCCUGAGGAGUUGGACUCCAGGCUCAGCGCCCAGAAACAACAGCUGCAACUGGAGGCGGACAAAGACAGACGUAAGGCUGUGGAGGAGGCCAGGAAACAAGUCCAGAGAGAGCUUCAGGAGAAUCAUCUGGAGGACAUGGCUAAGCAGGUUGAAGGUGCAGUGACCAGGGCCUACAAUCGCUGGGUCGAGGAUUUGACUUCAUUACCAGAAUAUCAAGCCUCUCUCCAAACAGAGAAAGAGAAAUGGGAAGAACUGCAAGAAAAACACACUGAACAACAAGUAUCCCAGGCUCUGAGGGUGGCAAAGGAGCAUUGGCAUAAGAACCACAAGAACCAGCAGGAGGAGCAGAGCUCUGGAGCUCAGAGGCUGGAGGAGCUACAAGAGGAGGUGCUGACGCUCCAGUGCCAGGUGGAGCAAGUGAGGAGAGCCCAAGGUGCCCUGCUGAAGGCUGAGCUGGCCGGAGCUAGAGCAGUCUGGAACAGAGACAAACAGCAGGAGAUCUCCGCCAUUCAGUUCCGCAGUGAGCAGGUGUAUCACACCAAGCUGCAAGAGCAGCACAAGAAGCUGGAGCAGGCCAGAGAGGACGCUGAGCUCCAGAAGAAGGAGCUGCUCCUGCAGAUGGAGGCCAAGCUUCAGGAGACUCUGAGGGUCCGAGAAGAGGAGUGGAGAUGUCAGCACGCUGAGAGUGAGCUGACUCAGAGACAGCAGAUGAGGGAGGAACUGUUGGCAGAGCUUCAAUCUGGAAUGGCAUAUGUCCAGGCACAACUUCUUGGAGAUCCCAAAACUGAUCAGCAGGGCACUGACAACACCAAGAGGACCAGCGAGGCUGCAGCAGAGACAACAAUAACACAAGUCCUUGCAACAUCCUGCAAAGACAUGGUCAGCAGGGCAAUAUCCCAGAGCAAGAAGGAGUGGAAGAAAAUCAGUGAGGAGAGACUCAUCCGUGUGUUAAAAGAAACACAGAAACAACAUGAACAAGAAAUGGACAAAAUGCUGAGCUCUUUGUCGCAGAGGAAGGAGCCGGCUCGUUGCAGGAAGGAGUGCUCUGAGACGACAAGUAAACUGCAGAAGAAAAACCAGGAGCUCCAGAGACACUUGGAGAAAACCUGCCGUCAACUCCAGCUCAGUGUUCGAGGACACAAAACCACAGUGCAGCGCCUCAAAGACGAGCAUGAGAACAGCUUACAAAAGGCAAAGGAGGAACAUCUGCAGCAGCUGGAGGAAGUGAAGAAAGCCAAAGAAUCCUCAGGGAGUUCUGAUCUUCAGCAAGGCCUGGAUGAGAUGAAGCAGCAAUAUUUGAUGACUGUAGAAAAGAUCAGAGAGGACAUGCUGCGUUACCUCCAGGAGAGUCGGGAGCGAGCAGCAGAGAUGAUCCGCAUGGAGGUGCAGAGGGAGCGACAGGACACGGCCAGAAAGAUGCGGCUUUAUUAUCUGACCUGUCUGCAGGAGCUACUGGAGGAUGGAGGAAAAACCACAGGAGCUGAAAAGAAAAUAAUGAAUGCUGCAAGCAAGCUGGCGGCCAUGGCUAAAGUGCUUGAGACGCCUGUCCGAGGUAAAUCUGGAAAGAACUACAGUUUACCAAAAUGUUCAACUACUGUAUCCACUGUUGGUUGCCCUCCAGUUAGAAACGCAGCAUUCAACAUGAACCCGUCGACCCUUACUGAGCUUCCUGACAUCAGAGCAGAGGAGAGCAGAGAAAAGACGUCAGCUGACCCAGAGCACAAAGCAGCUGCUGCAGACAGGACUAAACCUUUGAGCCACCAGGACAGCUCUACUUGUGGGAAGAAGGAGGCCCCACAGGACGCAGGCACGAAACCUCAAACUUCUGCUUGCACGAACCCUGUCUCCAACAAACCGUCCAAACAGACGACCUCUUCACAUCACCGGGCGUCUCCAUCCCAGGUGAACUCAGUCGGUGCGUCUGCGAGGAGCAAGAGCAGGGAGCUGUACCUGCAGGGAGCCGACUACCGCCCAGACUCCGAGCAGCAGAGCAAAGCUUUUCUCGUCCAUGAGGCUCCUGUGAGAGGUGAGAAACACACGGACUGGAGCAUGACCAGCAGCGACUCAGAUAGAAGCUUCCCAGUUCCCCGACUCUCUUUCUCGGGGAGGCAAGUAGAACCAGUGAAGCCAUUUUCUGUCUCUGUGACAUCGGCCAGCGACUUUAAAGCGUUCGGUGGUCUCUCCCCGGAUGCGUCCGACCUGACAGUUUAUAACGAAAUUGCCAAGAAGACGCCUCAAACCCAGACUUUAAACUUUCCCAGUGUGAAGAUAAGUACCCACAGAGAGCCAACCCCUGGCUCUGAGGCUGAGCAGCAGCAAAGAGGUGCUUCCAGGCCUCUGUUCUCCGAGCUGAGGCAGCGGCAGCAGGACAGCGGCUUUGAAAGUCCCUUAUACCAACAAAAAUACAAAAUGUAGAGGCAGAUAUGAGGGGAAAUAUGAAGUAGUCAAAACUGACUUGAUGAUUUCACUUACAUUACCAAAUAGUGCCUUCAAUACAGUGUACACAGUUUACACAGGUGUAGAACUUUUGUUUUUUUAAGUUGAUUGCAGUGUUUUUAUGUUUGUGUUGUGAUAAGAUCGUUGAAGGAAUAGUUUGACAAAUUGGAUGAGAAAGUUGAUUCUAGUAUGUUUGUAAGCUAAACAUGAAGCUACAGUGAGCAGCUGGUUAACUUGGUUUAAAGUCUGGAAAAAGUUAACAGAAGGUAACAAAAUCCACCCUUUUUUUGGGACUUCUGGUCCUAAAUAAGAUAUAAAGUUAAUCUACUAUUUAUUGACUUGAUUUAUUGAGAUUAGAACAAGAUUCAAUGAGAAAACGAGCUGAAAGGUGAACUGCAGAGGAGCAGGUGGGUGUUCACUGUGUGUUCCCCCCUGGUUUCAUUUCAUUUGUGCUUUUUUAUUAUUGCUAAUAUUCAACAUUCAACUGUCGACAAGAAACAAACAUGCAUAUUUGUCCAUAAUGUCAAAUUAUUUCUUCCAAUGUAAAAGAGACAGAGUUUCUCUGCUUUGUACGAUCUGUCAUCUCAGGCAACACUCCAAACAACGUUUCCCUUUGUCUCUUUCUCCAUCACAUUUCAGUCCCGUUUUAAAUAAAACGCAUCUGCAGGUCUGUCCAGAAACGCUGCCAACACCGUGCUGCUCUUCACAUCCUCAGCAGGAGCAGCAGAAACUGUGAGAUGAUUAAGUGCUCCUCAGUGUCUUUGCUGUCUCACUGUUGUCCGAGAGAUUUGAUAAACACAGCCGUGAUAAGUAAGUUAGUAAGUUAUGAAUACCAGUGUUACCUGAUGGAGGUUAAUGUCCACGAGUGUUCAGGCAUUUCUUUCCUGAUAUACCUGAUACGUAUAUCAGGGGUUUGUGCACUUUGAAAAUAAUCUCUUCAGGUCUAAAGUCACAGCUCGGCCCACACCAUGAAUUGGAACCUGUGACUCCUUGCAUGAGGUGCUGGCAGCUUGUCUCCAUAAACCCACCGAGUGUUAGAUAAAGUCAACGUCGAGUCAGAGCUUAUGUCACUGUUUUUUUUUAAUCUUUCUCCCAGAUUUAGCUUUUAGUUUGUUUUAGGUUUUUAUAUUUUGUAAAUAUGUUUGUCUUAUUAAUGUCAUGCUGUGCAUAGAUUAUGAAUGUUUUAUAUUUAUAUAUAUAUUGCUUUAUUUCAUUUGAAUAAAUCUUAUU